UGUUGCACUCGAAGUGCCCAAUCUUUACUUGCACUCGACUCCCUCUCCCUCUUUUAUCACCGUACUGCUUGACGAGGGAUUUUUAAAUUUCUUUCCUCUUUCAGGCGCCAUGGCGGGCUCGUCGUCCUGUCCGCCGUCCGGUCCGAGUCAUACGAAGUCUACCGGAGCUUCCAAGUUUCUCGCUGACCUUCCCUCCCGGGGGCUUUUCUCCUCCACCGUCAUCUCCUCAAAUCCGGGUGGGAUGCGAGUAUAUAUUUGUGACCAUGACUCAUCACCUCCAGAGGGCCAACAGAUAAAAACAAGCCAACAGAACAUAUUGAUCAGAUCGCUCAUGCUUAAAAAACAGAAGGGCGAUUCUAGUUCAAAGGAUGUGAAGGGUGUAAAUGUAACUGAGAGUUCUAGAAAGAGGGUUGCUGAAAGAGCUCCAGAUGUCAGAAAUUCAGCUAAGAGAGCAAAUAGUCAAAUCAGUUCUCAACAAGAAGGAUCAAACAGUCGAGCAUCUAGUAGGGACUUUCAGAGCUUCACAGUUGAAAGGCUUCGUGCCCUUUUGAAGGCAAGAAGUCUUUCCCCUAAAGGAAAGAAGGAUGAGCUGAUUGCACGUCUGAAAGAGGCUACUGGAUAAAGCCUAUAAUAGGAAGGAGAGAAGGGAUGGAGGUAACAAAUCUGCCAUCCCUGUUUCAACUUUGAACAGGCUUGCUUCUUUCGUUAUUUCUAGCCUGUUUGUUUUGCCCUCCACAAUUACACAUCCGGAGCAAGUAGUUCAAUUUUGUUCCUUUUGAUGUAACAUGGGAUUAGUUUACAAUGGAACUGAUGUUGAUAUCAAGGAAAAGCUGCAGACGUUGCAUUUAGUA